AUGUCCUCCAACAGAGUGGCCUUGGCCUCCAUCAACACCAACAUAGACAGCCCCAAGGGCUCCCCUCUUUUCAAACACAAGUCCUUCACCGCCCUGGCACGCAGCCUGCCAAAAAUUCACGGUCCCACGGCGUUGAAGGUUGACGAAAAGGAACCUUUGCCCUUGACUCCCUCUACCACGCCCAAAUUGACCCUCACAAAAGCAACUUCGUCGCUUGUGCCCAUCACAGGCCUGGUGCCGCCAGCACGGAAGACAGAGAGCUUUUCAGGCUAUCACAUUACUCACGGCAAGAACGUCAAGGCGGAUUUGGCCGCUACCAAGUUGAAGCUCCGCUUGCAAUUGGCUUUCUACAAGCUCAAGGCGCAAAAGGACUCCUUGCACGCCCGCCAGGGCCCGGAAAUCACGGUUUCUCCUACUGUCAGCGAGAAAGAACCUCGUCACUUCUUGUCCGCCGCCAACGUCAACUUGCAAAAACCCCCACGAACCGCGUCUGGUCCACUGUUGAGCAAGGUGGCUUCAAGCAAAGUGGCCAAGAAAAAGCCCGCUAAACUCUCGGCUUCCUCGUCCUCAUUACGUUUGUACCACAUCAAGCCAACGUCGUCGUUCCACAAUGCGUACCCACAACAGCUCCCGCUUAACGUAUCAAGCUGUGGCUCAUCCUCGCAGCGACUCCCCCCAGUACACAAGAUCUUGAAAACUCCAAUUAAAACCACCACAAGGAACUUGGUCCUGCAAUUCUACAACAACACCAACAAUGGCCAUUCCGGCACUGGCUCAUUGAGUAGUUUCCAUUUUGCACGAACCUCCCACACGGAACCAACCCAGCCCAGCGAUGAGACCAUUGACGACUCUGUUGACGACACAGGCAUCGACAGCCGCAGAAAAGUCGACCCUAUAGGAAGCUCUCCAUCUCGUUUCGGCACCUUCAGCACCCCAAACAGCUUUUCGGUGGCCAAGUCGUUGUUGCAGCUUGGCCUGGGGUAUUACUAA